GCUCGAGCCCAGAUUGAUCUGAUAACUAAAAAUAUGGUCACUCGUGAUGAAGAGAAGCAGAACACGGAGCCUCUCAGGAUUGUGCUGAUAGGAAAGACCGGCAACGGAAAGAGCUCAUCAGGAAACACCAUUCUAGGAGAGGAAGUGUUUAAAGAAAUGCCAAGUCAAAAAUCAGUCACCAAAUACUGUCAGAAAGCACAGAGUGAGGUGGACGGCCGUCCGGUUGUUGUGGUCGACACUCCUGGUCUGUUUGAUUCAACUUUAUCAAAGGAAGAAGUUCAUGAGGAGAUGGUGAAAUGCAUCAGUCUUCUGGCUCCAGGACCACACGUCUUCCUGCUGGUGUUAAAAAUUGGUCGUCUCACACCAGAGGAGAAGGAGACAUUAAAACUCAUAAAAGAAGGAUUUGGGCUGAAUUCGGAAAAGUUCACCAUCAUUCUUUUUACUGAGGGAGAUAAACUAAAAAAAAUGUCCAUUAAAGAUUAUAUUGAAAGCGAAUGUGAUGAUUCCUUUAAGAAGCUGAUCUCUGACUGUGGAGGAAGAUACCAUGUGUUUGAAAACUCUGAGACACAAAACCGCACACAAGUGACUGAGCUGAUAACAAAGAUUGACACCAUGGUGAAGGACAAUGGAGGAAACUGCUUCACCAAUGAAAUGCUGGAAGAGGCUGAAGCAGCAAUAAAGAAGGAAAUGAAGAGAAUCCUGAAGGAGAAGGAAGAAGAGAAAAGAAAAGAAGAAGAUCAG